AACACCCUGGUGCUGGGGAUUCCAGCAAAGUUCAUUGACGAGCUCAAGGGCAUCUUAUCAGGGUGGGCCAACUCCGGGUACGCGCCCAUAAAGGAGCUGCGAGUGGUGGCAGGCAAGUGCGCCUGGCUCGGAGGGGUGUUGCCGAGAUCAAGGUGUACCACCCGCGUAUUCUACCCGGUCCUGUCUUCACAGGCGGCUUUGAAAGCGUUGGCCAUCCUAGUGGCCUUGCGGCGAGGGGUGGAACAGUUGAAAGGCAUGUCGGUGGUGGUCACUGUCCAGAGCGACAGCGUCACCGCUUUGGCGCUCACACAGAAGCUGGCGGCCAAGAGCUCCAGCCCGGGAUUGAACUUCUCCAGCGCCGAGCUGGCGAUCUGCCUGGAGGAGCUCGGAGUGGAGGAGAUCAAGGCCGUCCACGUGCCGGGGAAGGCCAACAUAGAGGUGGAUUUCUUGUCGGCCCAGCACCUGGAAGACGACAGCGAUACCAAAGGCAUUGGAAGGUUGGCUUGUGACCGGGCCAUUUUGGCUCAAGCCAGCCACCUGAGAUCUUUUGUAAGCCCACCCACCGACUUCCACAGUGGGAGUGAGGUGCCACCACAGCUCUCCGGAUCUUUCGGAACCAUCAUGCAGUGGGCAGAUGAAGUCCGUGACAUGAAGGUCCGAGCCAAUGCCGAGACCCCUGCUGAUGCUCGACAAGCCAAGGAAUUCGGUGCCGAGGGCAUUGGCCUUGUCCGCACUGAGCACAUGUUCUUCGAAGGACAGCGAAUUGUAGCCAUGAGGCAGAUGAUCUUGGCCACUGAUGAGGCUGAUCGACGACAGGCCUUGGACAAGUUGUUGGUCAUGCAGAGGGAAGACAUCACGGAACUGUUCCGAAUCAUGGACGGCAAUCCAGUGACGGUCCGUCUGUUGGAUCCACCGUGUGCCUUUGGAUCGCGUGAGAAGACGUGCUGCACAGAGCUGCAGGAGGCCAACCCCAUGCUUGGUCAUCGUGGCUGCCGAUUGGCCAUCACCUAUCCCGAGAUUUGCGAGAUGCAGGCACGAGCCAUUUUCGAGGCUGCAGCUGAAGUGGGGCGAAGCUCCAAGAAAUUGCCAGUGGCAGAAGUCAUGGUGCCCCUUGUGGCAACAGUUGAAGAACUGAAGCUGUUGAAGGGUGUCAUUGAGAAGACUGCCGAUGCUGUGAAGAAGGAGCAAGGAAUCACUUUCACUUACAAGAUCGGCACCAUGAUCGAGCUUCCACGCGCAGCUCUGCAAGCGGGCCGUUUGGCAGAAAUGGCUGAGUUCUUCAGCUUUGGCACCAAUGACUUGACCCAGACCACCUAUGGCUUGAGCCGAGAUGAUGCUGGCUCCUUCUUGCCAGAGUACAAGGCCAAGGGCAUUGUGGAGCACGAUCCUUUUGUGAGCUUGGAUCCUGACGGUGUUGGUGAGUUGAUCACCAUGGCCGUUCAGCGUGGUCGCAGCACCAGGCCAGAGAUGAAGAUGGGCAUUUGCGGUGAGCACGGCGGAGAUCCAGCCUCCAUUGAGGUCUGCGAGAAGAUCGGCCUGGACUACGUGAGUUGCUCGCCCUUCAGAGUUCCUGUUGCACGACUCGCAGCAGCUCAGUCUGCUCUUAAGACAAAGGGUGAGCAGACAAAGCAGAGUUCCACAAAGGCAACCAAGCCUCGGGUGCAGACUUUUGGCCCUUGGUGAGCUAAAAGUGCAGGCAGAUUUGAAAAUUGUUUAAAUUCGGUUUUGAUCAAUUUUGAUCAGAUGCUAUGCGUGACACGUUUACUGCAGAUGUUGCAGUGUUAACGAAGUGCAUGCAAAAUGCAUGGGCUGACAACAAGUCGGCAAAGGCCAUUUUUGUGAGCAGUGCUUCGGCGACAAUACUGGAUCUGAUUUAAG